CCACAGCUCAGUAGCGGUGUAGCCUCCGUCGCGAAUCGACUCGAAAUAUUAACUGUAGUGAACAGUAAUUCUCCCAGGAUCUUACCCAAUUCACCCUAAAGAUAAACAGUAUCUUCCCUUAUGGGUGAUGGGUAUAUAAAUUGACUGUCUGGCUUUUACGACUGGAUGGAAACCUGAGACAUAACUAAAUAGUUCUCCGCGACGGAUGAGUGCAACCGCUGCGCUAGCUGCUGGAUGUCUAGCAUCCUCACAUCACAGACGAGGAAAAGCGACGAGAUCGUUUGUUUGUUUUCGAAAUUAGUGAACCGUGUGGAAAAGCAGGCACGCGUGUGAAUCUUGCGAGUGAUAUAGGUGAUAGUUUUGACGAAUUGCUAUAGUGAGAUCAGCUGGCCGGUCGGGAUGAUUCAGCUCGUGCUAGAUGUCAUCCGAAGGAAGCGACAGUAUGUGGCAGCUCUCAUCGCGAAUCUCGCCAUCGCCUGCAUGGGUGCCAGCAUGGCUUGGACGUCUCCGGUGGAACCCAAGCUAAAAAACCUAACCGAAUCGCCACUGCCCUCGAUUCCAACCGCGACGGAGCUAUCCUGGAUUGGGUCGAUUCUUACUCUAGGGUCUCUAACCGGUCCCGCUUUCGCCGGCCUUAUCGCAUACCGCUUUGGACGGAAAGUGGCGCUCCUUGCCAGCGCUGUAUUCUACCUGGCCGCUUACGUUCUCUUCCUCACGGCAACUUCUGUGGCCCAAAUUCUCGUCGGUCGUUUCAUCCAAGGCUGUGGCAUCGGGUUUGCCAUAACUAUCACCCCGAUGUACGUCGCCGAAAUCGCCACGGACAAUCGUAGAGGCGCCCUCGGAUCACUCGUCCAAACCUAUAUCACCUUGGGGAUCCUAUUUGACUACGUCGUUGGACCGUACGUCAGCUACGUUGCCUUUCAGUGGAUUCAGAUGGCACUGCCCCUCGUGUUCAUACUGGCGUUCAUCAACAUGCCGGAAACUCCCCACUUCUACGUGUCCAGAGGAAACCACCCAGCUGCGGUACGCUCCCUGACGUUCAUCCGAGGGGAGUCCGUAUCGGACGUUCAAAUCGAGUUCAACUCCAUUCAGUUCUCGGUGGAGGAGUCCAUGCGGAACCGCGGGUCGUUCAAGGACUUGUUCCGCAAUCAUGCCAACUUGCGGGCGUUGAUCAUUUGUACUGGAGUGGUUGUAUUCCAGCAGCUGUCCGGCAUCAAUCCAGUGCAGUUCUUUGCGCAGACUAUAUUUGAAAAGACCGGAAGUGGUCUACCGGCGGAGCUGAAUGCCAUAAUCAUCGGGGUUUUCCAAGUUUUCGCCAGCGUGCUAACGGCACUGAUUGUGGAUAGAGUUGGUCGUAGACCAACACUGCUAGCUUCCGCAGUAGGAAUGUGUUGUUCUCUAGUCGCGCUGGGAACAUACUUCUACUUGGACGAUUCUGGAUCGGCAGCUGCUCACAGCUUGUCGUUCCUUCCAGUUGUCUCUCUGGUGGCGUUCUGCUUCAUGUUCUGCACCGGAUUCGGCCCGAUAGCUUGGGUCUUGCUGGGGGAGAUGUUCGCCCCGAACAUCAAAUCGCUGGCUUCGUCCGUGGUGUCCUCCAUCUGCUGGACGACGUCGUUCUUCAUCCUUUUCUACUUCUCCGCUCUGGAUGAUGCGAUUGGAUCGCACUGGCUGUUCUGGACGUUUGCCAUAUGCUGCGCUGUGGCAUUCGUGUUUACCUACGUGUUUGUGGUGGAAACUAAGGGCUUGAGUUUACCCGAAAUCCAGGCCCGGUUGAAUGAGAGUGCGCAGGUUAUCGAAAGUAGAAGUGGCGUUGGGAAAUAUUGAGCAGAUCUUGAGGCGAAGGAA